CGCUGCGCUGGUGCCAUUCUCGCACACACUCAAGGGAAACGAGGAGCCAGACGCCAGGCCAACGCGCCUGAAGCUGACACUUCAAUUUCCUCGAAGCGCGAACGCGCAGCUCGGCCCAGCUGGCCAAGCCAGGCAUCGCUCGAAGGGGGGUCACGCGAGUGCCUGCAGGGUUGCCAGCAGGCGAACGCAGGGAGGGCCACAGACACGCGGCGCCAGGCAGCGCACGGCGCAGCAGCGGCGACGGAGACCGAGGAGAAUGACCUGGGGAAGGCGCAGCGGGAGAGUGGCAGCGCCGAGGCAGACGAGCAGCGAGCGGACAGCCGGGACGGGACCAAAGGAGAGGAGCAGAGAACGGCCUGCGGCGCACCGGGCAGGCCUCGGAGGACGACCACAGCGCGAUCGUGCCCAUGGCUCUGGAGCGAAGCGGGCAACGAGAGGUCCAUCAAGAUGAUGGCGCAUACCCGCACACACCCCUUGAUAUUGUUCCUGCCCCGAGGCGUUGCAAGAAGCGCCUGCCGAAAGCGGACGGGGUGCGACGUCCAUUGAUUCAAUGGCCUGUCCUGAGGAGUGCGCUCGGCGUUGGUCAAAGGAUCUCUGACGAGAGGCGGACCAAGAAGUACGCUGACAUCCGCAGCCCGUCGCGUGGCGGCAUCAGCGACCUGGAUAUGUCUUGCUGCGGCGGCGGCCGACACACAUCCACACGCCUUCGCCCGAAGCGCGUGGACAGUGAUGCUCCACCGAAGUUCAGACUCGGAUCACCGCAGGAUGCGCGGGUGGGCAUCUCGGGCGGCUGUGCAAUGCAGCUCGAAUCGUUGAGGUGCAUGCGGUGCGACGGAGUGGAGAGGGAAAUGAUGGGAACCGGGGCGGCUACGGCGGAGCACAUUCGGCAGGAGAGAGGCAGCGGCAAGGAAGACAGAGCGAGGAGAGGGCCGCCAGGACGGGGACAAGGAGGGCGGAGAAGGGCUAACGUUGCGCGCCGGGUCGGGAAGCAGGAGUGCUUCCAAG